AUGGAUUUCACGAUCCAAGAUUACGAUCUGCGUAACGCUUUCUGUCUAGAACGCAAACUUCUACUAGUUGUGGGCUUUUACCCCAUAAGAGGCAACAAAUACAAAUUUUUGUACCGAUUGAGUGCCUUUUUCAAUCUUUUAAUAUCUUACGGGCAACUCACUACAAUGGUCAUUCAGAUGGUUUUCGACAGGAGCGAUUUGUCCAAACUCACGGAAUCCCUACUGUAUUUUUUCACCCACUUUACGUUUCUUUGCAAAUUACUCAAUUUUCAAUACUACAGUAAGGAUUUAAUCGAGAUUGAAAAUUACCUAACUGAUCCUAUCUUCUACGGACAUCCUUUCGAGGAAGUGCAAAUAAUCAAGGAUAAGAUUAGUUCAUGCGCUUUUAUUUCUAACGCUUACAGGCUUUGUUGCACUUUUACUUGCUCUUUCUACUGUUUAGUGCCUUUUAUUGACGAAAAAAGAAAAAAAAUUCUGCCACUACCGGGCUGGUUCCCCUAUGAUACAACCAGUCAUUAUUAUUUCACGUUUUUUGUGCAAAGUCUAAGUCUCUUUAUCAGUGCUUAUUGUAACACUGCUAUUGACAUUUUGACGUGGAAAUUGGUCACGCUAGCGUCGGCCCAGUUCGAGAUUUUGAAGGAAAAUUUGACAAAAAUCGACUAUGAGGGGAGUUUUCACGACACUAAACGGGCCCUUGUUAGGUGUAUAACACACCACGCAAAAAUUGUCUAUUAUACAGAGCGAGUCGAGGCUAUUUUCUCCAAAGGAAUAUUUCUCCAGUUAUUCGGGAGCGUCAUAGUAAUCUGCACUACGCUUUUCCAACUGAUAGUCGUGCCAGUUCCUAGUGUCCAAUUUGCCGUUUUAGGGACUUAUUUGUGCGGAAUGACCACGCAAGUUGCCACCUACUGCUACUACGGACAUGAAGUUAUGACAACUAGUGACGCGAUUGGAAUUUCGUUGUAUAUGUCGAAUUGGUACGCCUGCCACAGCAAAAUUCGCAAAAUCGUGAUGAUUUUCUUGGAGAAAACCAAAAAACCGACUAUUAUCAAAGCGGCGAAUUUUAUUACCUUGUCGUUGGCCACACUGACACAGAUUUUGCGAUCGGCAUAUUCAUAUUUCGCGGUUUUGCAACGUCUCUACAAGGAUUCUUAA